CAAAGGGCUCAGAACCCGUAAAAAACAAACAGCAAAUAAAGAGCUUAGAACCUUAAUUCCAGCUAUGUAUAAUUGUGCAUACAGGUCUGCAUUCGAUCGACUGCCAAUCUUGAUUCUUGAAUGAUUGAUGAAUUUUCCACCUUUUCUGCAAUAGAAGCUAUGACAGCUCAAACAGUACUUCAUUAAGACACUCCAUGAACCACCACCUAUUAUUUUAUGCAAGUACUUAUAACUGGGCAUAAAUCUUGGAGAAAAAAGACAGUACUUCUACCACUUUUGUCCUUUUUUCCCCUUUCCCUUUUCUUCUUUUGCAAACUGUACAUCACUUGAUUACUCCGCAAGGCUCUUCAUAUAUUUCUUUACUUCAGUGCCUCCCUUUCUCAUCAGUAACCAAGUCUAACUUUUGAAACAAACAAGAAUUAAAAGAGUCAAAACUAUGGGUUCUUUGUGUUCUUUGUUACCUUGCUUUCUUCUUCUUCUAAUUUCAGUGCUCUAUGAUGUGGGUGAUGGGCAGCCUUUGGUUCCUGCAAUGUUCAUAUUUGGAGACUCAGUUGUGGAUGUGGGUAAUAACAACAACCUCUUCUCCUUAAUCAAAUCCAACUUCCCCCCUUAUGGAAGAGACUUUGUCAAUCACAAUCCCACCGGCAGGUUCUGCAAUGGAAAGCUUGCUUCAGACUUCACUGCUGAAAACCUUGGCUUUGCUUCUCACCAACCAGCUUAUCUCAGCGGAGAAGCCACAGGAAAAAGCCUCUUGAUUGGUGCCAACUUUGCUUCAGCUGGCUCUGGCUAUUAUGACGCUACAGCAAAGUUAUUUAAUGCAAUUUCACUGAGCCAGCAGGUGGAGUACUACAAGGAAUAUCAAAAUAAGGUGGUGGGAAUUGGAGGAAAAGUGAAUGCUACAUUAAUUAUAUCGGGUGCAAUAUACCUGGUUAGUGCUGGGAGCAGUGAUUUUGUUCAGAACUACUACAUCAAUCCUCUUCUUAACAAGGUCUAUACGACAGACCAGUUCUCUAACAUUCUCAUGCAGUCCUAUGAAAACUUCAUACAGAAUCUAUAUGCCUUGGGAGCACGCAGAAUCGGAGUGACCACCCUGCCACCACUUGGAUGUCUGCCGGCGGCCAUCACAAUAUUUGGAUUAGGCGGCAACAAGUGCGUGGCUAAGCUUAAUGGCGAUGCAGUCUCAUUUAACAAUAAGCUAAAUGCCACAUCUCAAUACUUGCAAACUAAGCUGCCCGGACUCAAGUUGGUCGUCUUUGACAUCUACCAGCCUCUCUACAGCCUUGUCAUGAAGCCUUCAGAGAAUGGGUUCUCAGAGGCGAGGAGGGCUUGUUGUGGAUCAGGGUUGCUGGAAACAUCAAUACUAUGCAAUGCCAAGUCCACCGGCACAUGCGCCAAUGCGUCAGAGUAUGUGUUCUGGGAUGGGUUUCACCCUUCGGAGGCCGCAAACAAAAUUUUAGCAGAUGAUUUGCUGAGUAGUGGCAUCUCUCUCAUCUUCUAAACCAAACACUAAAUUUAGAAUAAAUUAUGGGCCCCUAAAUUAUUUGGUGUUUGCCUUUUGUCUUGCUGAUGUUGGUGUUGGUGUGCUUUCUUUUAUUUUAUUUUUUAUCUGUCUUAUUGUUGAUGUUGGUGUUGGUAUGCGUGAAUGUGUGAGAGUAUUAUAAAAUUAUUUUUUGAUUGAAUA